AUGGCCUCUGGCAUCAGCAGCAGUCGAUUCCGGCAGGGUGCAGGUUUGGGCAGCCCCCCUUCUCGCAGGCCGAAGCCCGGGGCUAAGGGCAAGGGCUUGGACGAGGAAGAGCUGGAGGAAAUCCGAGAGGCUUUUAACCUCUUCGACAGCGACGGGAAAGGCACGAUCGACGUCAGGGAAUUGAAAGCCGCCUUCCGAGCCUUGGGAUUCCAGGUCAAAAAAGCAGAGAUCCGCACCUUUCUCCAAACCAUUGACAAAGAGAUGGCGGCCACGGUCACCUACGAUGAGUUCUUGGACAUGGCUGCGCCCAAGGUGGCCAAUCGGGACGAACGGGAAGAGAUUCAAAAGGUUUUUGCCCUCUUUGACGACGAUGGCACGGGCGCGAUUUCCUUCCGGAACCUGAAACGGGUGGCCACAGAGCUGGGAGAAAACUUGACGGACGAGGAACUGCAGGAAAUGAUUGGUAAGGAGGCUGCC